CACCAUAGCUCCACACUCACUUGUCAGCUAGAUCUACUUUAGCAUAAAACUGUGCUCAACAAGCUUGCCGUAGCCAUGAUGUCAAGGCUUGCACCCGUGGGGUGCUUUGCAUGGCUCCUGCUAUUGACUUGCAACCUACCCAACCCAGCCUCAGCACAAAAUCUUCUCCGAGUUCGCAACCCCAACACGACUGAUGUCGGAUCUCAAUAUGAGGGAAUUGUGGAGGUCUUCCACAACGGUGCCUGGGGCACUAUCUGCAACACUCACUGGACUCUCAACGAUGCACUGGUGGCUUGUCGAACAGUUGGCUUUUCCUCUGCUGUACGUGCCGUCACGGAUGGUUCCUACUAUGGGGCUGGACUGGGCUCCGUGUAUUUGAACGAUGUUCAUUGCACAGGGGAGGAGACUACUCUGUUUAAUUGUUCGCACUCGUCCUGGGGCAAUGUGCCCAGCUCCUGUGACCAUAGCAACGAUGCUGCUGUUGUCUGCUCUGACAACGUUGCCGUUCGAUUGGUGGAUGGAACAAGCCCCAGCAAGGGACGAGUGGAGGUCUAUCACAGCGGCUCAUGGGGCACGGUCUGUGACGAUGGCUGGACACUGGCGGAUGCAGACGUAGUGUGCAGACAGCUGGGUUACCCUCACGCCCUCGAGGCACACCGCUACUCCCAUUUCGGUGCUGGAACGGGCACGAUUUGGAUGGACGACGUUCAUUGCACGGGUAACGAGACACAUAUUGGGGACUGUCCCUUUAAUGGGUGGGGAAGCCAUAAUUGCGGACACUACGAAGACGCUGGAGUGACUUGUGCUAAUGCCACAUUUACUGGCGAAACUUUCCCCAUUCGACUGGUUGGACAGAACGUCAACGGUCAAGACACCAACUCUGAAAUUGACCUCACCCUAAACUCUGGUCGUGUGGAGGUAUUCUACAAUGGAGCCUGGGGCACUGUCUGUGAUGACAGCUGGGGGAUUGAGGAUGCCAACGUCGCCUGCAGGCAGCUAGGUUUCAUAGGAGCUUUACUGGCUACCACUAGAGGAGAUGGUGCUUACAACCAGACUAUUGUAUUGGAUCAGGUGCGUUGCCUUGGAGACGAACCCGCCCUGUCUCAGUGCGCUAACAGUGGCUACGGAGUAAACAACUGUGGACACUACGAGGACGCCGGUGUCAUCUGUGAAUCCGAAACUGCUGCUAACCAGCCAAUCAUAGUGCGUCUAGUGGACGACUACGCUACGACUAACAACACGCUGAUGCAGGGACGUGUGGAGGUGCUCUAUUACGGAGAGUGGGGCUCCAUAUGCAACGACUUCUUUGACAUAAACGAUGCCAACGUCAUUUGCAGAAUGCUUGGAUUUGAUCACGCUAUUCGAACAGGAGGCUCCAGUUAUUUUUACUACGGCAGGGGGACUAUCUGGAUGGAUAAUCUACAGUGCUCGGGCAACGAGACUUCCAUAGAGGAAUGUGACUUCCCUGGGUGGGGCAUACACGACUGCUACCAUUAUCAAGAUGCGUCCGUGGUCUGCGACUCCCAUCGUGAUGGUGAUGCUGUGAGGCUGGUGGGCGGUAGUGCUUCCUCGGAGGGACGAGUGGAGAUACAACACAACGGAGUGUGGGGGACAGUCUGUGAUGACAUCUGGGACGAGGAUGAUGCCACUGUUGUCUGUCAUCAGCUGGGCUUCUUUGGAGACGCCACAGCACUGCAGGGGUCACAGUUCGGACAAGAAUCUUCCUCUCAAACUAUUUGGAUGGACAACGUCAACUGUGACGGCAACGAGGAGUUCCUUAGCGACUGCCCUAGCAACGGGUGGGGUGUCCACAACUGUCGUCACCUGGAGGACGCAGGCGUAGUGUGCGCUAACAGCGGGUAUGGUAUCCCCCUUCGUCUGGUGAAUGGAACUACGUAUACUAAUGGCCGACUGGAGGUAUACUACCAGGGCCACUGGGGGACAGUGUGUGACUCGGGGUUCUAUCAACAAGACGCUACCGUUGUGUGCAGACAGCUGGGGUUCUUAGCUGCUCUCCGGUCUUAUCGUAACAACCACUUUGGUGCUGGAGACCUUCCUAUCCUCCUCGCCUACCCGUACUGCUAUGGCCGAGAGGCACAACUGGCCAACUGUUCCGGUAUCCGCUAUCAAAGCAGCGUACCUAGCUACUGCAGAGCUGUGGGUAUCGAGUGUCUAGAGGGUAUUGAGGCCCCGCCCCCCAUUCGCUUGAUUAACGGGAAUUCCUCCAACGAGGGACGUGUAGAGAUCUUUAUCCAGGGUCAGUGGGGUACCGUCUGUGACGAUGGCUGGAGUACGAGAGAUGCAGAGGUGGUAUGUCGUCAGCUUGGUUACCCUAGUAGCGGUGCAAUAGCAUACCAGUAUGCACGGUACGGAGAAGGAGUGGGCCCUAUCAUCCUUGACAACGUGUACUGCAGUGGCCUGGAGCCCUACCUCACAGACUGUCCUAACAACGGUUACUUUGUACACAACUGUGGUCACUAUGAGGAUGCUGGAGUCCGCUGUCAACCUCGACUACCGGGAACAAACUUUGUGAACCCUGUCCGCCUCCUAACCAAUGGGUCGGUGCUUAGCACCAACGAGGGUACCGUGGAGAUACUCUACAACGGCACAUGGGGCUCAGUGUGUGAUGACUACUGGGGCUUCAGCGAGGCGAGAGUCGUGUGUCGAAUGCUCGGAUAUGUGGACGCCAUCAGAGCAUAUUCACGUGCGUACUUUGGUGCAGUCCGUGGUCCCAUUUUCCUUGACAAUGUGCAGUGUGUGGGUACAGAGUUCGAACUAUCAGAAUGUGCUCAUCUAAGCUUUACUGUCAACAACUGUGGGCACUCGGAGGAUGCUGGAGUCGCCUGCACUAACCACACCCACAGUCGGUACCCGAUCAGAUUGGUGGGCGGGGCCGGUCCCAACGAGGGAAGACUUGAGAUACAGUACGAGGGAGAGUGGGGUACUGUCUGUGACGACCAGUGGGACCAAUCGGAUGCUGUCGUGGUGUGCCGUCAGUUGGGUUACGCUCGAGCGACUCGUGCUACAGUGAGAGCAGAGUUUGGCCAAGGGAGCGGACAGAUUUGGUUGGACAAUGUGCACUGUACGGGGGAGGAAGAUGCCAUUGAUCAGUGCUCCUUCAAUGGCUGGGGAGACCAUAACUGUGGCCACAAUGAGGACGCAGGCGUACAGUGUGAAGGUGAGCUCCUCCCCGUUCGUCUGGCAGAUGGUACCUCUCCUCUCAACGGACGAGUGGAGGUCUACUAUAACGGGACGUGGGGAACAGUGUGUGAUGACUACUGGGACAUUCGUGAUGGACAAGUCGUCUGUCGACAGCUGGGCUUUGUCACUGCCCUCGCUGUACACGGCACUGCUCGCUUCGGACAAGGGGAAGGUCCUAUCCUAUUGGACGAUGUGGCGUGUGUUGGCACGGAGACGAACUUGUUUGAAUGCUCAAACGGUGGUAUAGGAGUACACAACUGUUUCCAUGCCGAGGACGCUGGAGUCACCUGCACCAACGAGACUAUUCCGCGUGAAGACAUUCAAGUGCGACUAGUGGAUGGCAAUGUAACCGAGGGUCGUGUGGAGGUCAGUAAUGACAACGGCGCUACCUGGGGAACCGUCUGCGAUGACUCGUGGGACCUGAACGCUGCCAACGUGGUGUGUCGACAACUGGGUUUUGAUCGAGCCACUGAAGCCAUAUCAAACGCUUAUUUCGGGUCUGGUUCUGGUAGUAUCUCGAUGGACGAUGUGACGUGUUUCGGUAGCGAGAGUAAUAUUGGCCAGUGCUACUAUAGGGGCUGGAACGUACACAACUGUAGACACACUGAGGACGCAGGUGUCAGGUGUUACUCGUCCCACUCGCUGGUACGUAUCGUGGAUGGCCUGGGGCCGGGAGAGGGACGAGUGGAGGUCUACCAUGACGGAGUGUGGGGGACCGUGUGUCACGAUCACUGGAGCGUUGACGAUGCCAACGUUGUGUGCAAGGAGUUAGGAUACGCCCACGCCAUCGCUUACCCAGAUUACUCUGCUUUUGGUACCGGAACUGGACAGAUUUGGCUGACUGAUGUGAAGUGUGUAGGAACAGAGACGUCCCUCUAUGACUGUCCUCAUGCGCCCUGGGGCGAGGUGGGCAGCUGCUCCCACAUUUCUGAUGCUGGGGUCAUCUGUACCAACGUCCCUAUUAACCCAUACCCAGUCAGACUAGCUGGAGGCUCUGUGGAGUCCGAAGGUCGAGUGGAGUUUUACUAUAAUAAUGGGUGGGGUACAAUAUGUGACGACCACUGGACCAUCUCCGAGGCAACGGUCAUCUGUCGGCAGAUGGGUUUCCCCGGUCUUAAUGAGUCGCAGUCCUUCGCCACCGUCAAGUUUGGAGCAGGGAGUGGUUCUAUCUGGUUGGACCAGGUCGUAUGUACUGGGAACGAGUACUUCAUCCAGGACUGUGAUCAUGAUGACUUCGGAGAGAACGACUGCACCCACACUGAGGAUGUGGGCGUCGUCUGUCUUCCCUCUAGACUUGAUAUCCGAUUGGCCGGUAGCAGCAACCCCAUGGUGGGCAGAGUGGAAGUGAACUACAACAACGGAGGCUGGGGCACCAUUUGUGACGAUCGCUGGUCUAUUCUAGAUGGCGACGUGGCUUGUAAGAUGUUAGGCCACAAGUCGGCACACAACGUGAGUAGCAGGGCACAUUUUGGAGAAGGGACAGGGACGAUCUGGUUGGACGAUGUGUUCUGUAACGGCGACGAAGAGAGUUUAUUGGACUGCUCCCAUUCUGGACUACGAGUACAUAACUGCAAACACAGCGAGGACUCGAGUGUAGCCUGCUCCAACAGUGCCAUCUGCCCCAACUUUGACAAUAGUAACGGGGAAUUCCCGGCCUCUUCUCCUAGGCAGGUGGGCCGAUGGAUCGAGGGCACCACGGUAAAUGUCAACUGCCACAUCGGCUAUGGCCCUGUUAGGAGCAUGUCACAGCUCACCUGCGGCUCUGAAGGAGCGUGGACCCCCAACACUCCCAUGUGUCUCCCCCUAUGCUCUGCUCUCUCCCUGGGUAACGGUACGAUAAGCUCCACAGAAGCCACAUUCGGCACAGUGUUGACGUUCUCUUGUAACAAUGGCUACAAGCUGUCUAGCCCCGAGGGUGUCACCUGUAUGGAGAAUGGCGUAUGGAGUGGACCACCUCCCACCUGCUCUGAAAUUCCCGUAUGCUCUGCUCUCUCGCUGGAUAAUGGUGCGAUAAGCUCUACAGAGACUAUGCCUGGCACACAGGUGACGUUCUCCUGUAACGUUGGUUACAAGCUGUCUGGACUCCAGAGUAUCACCUGUAUGGAGAAUGCGACAUGGAGUGGCCCACCUCCCACCUGCUCUGAAAUUCCCGUAUGCUCUGCUCUCUCGCUGGAUAAUGGUGCGAUAAGCUCUACAGAGACUAUGCCUGGUACAGUGGUGACGUUCUCCUGUAACGUUGGUUACAAGCUGUCUGGACUCCAGAGUAUCACCUGUAUGGAGAAUGCGACAUGGAGUGGCCCACCUCCCACCUGCUCUGAAAUUCCCGUAUGCUCUGCUCUCUCGCUGGAUAAUGGUGCGAUAAGCUCUACAGAGACUAUGCCUGGUACAGUGGUGACGUUCUCUUGUAACAAUGGCUACCAACUGUCUGGACUCCAGAGUAUCACCUGUCUGGAUAAUGCGACAUGGAGUGGCCCAACUCCCACCUGCUCUGAAAUUCCCCUAUGCUCUGCUCUCUCGCUGGGAAAUGGUACCAUAAACUCCACAGAUAACACGCCAGGCACACAAGUGUCGUUCUCCUGCAACGAUGGUUACAAGCUCUCUAGCCCCGAGGGUGUCACCUGUAUGGAGAAUGGUGUAUGGAGUGGCCCACUUCCCACCUGCUCUAAAAUUCCUGUAUGCCCUGCUCUCUCGCUGGGAAAUGGUACGAUAAACUCUGUAGAGACUAAGCCUGGUACCCAGGUGACGUUCUCCUGUAGCGGUGGUUACAAGCUGUCUGGACUCCAGAGUGUCACCUGUAUGGAGAAUGCGACAUGGAGUGGCCCAACUCCCACCUGCUCUAAAAUUAGCACAGGUGUCAGCAGUGGUGUUAGCGUUGGUUCGAUAGUGGGCGGAGUCAUUGGGGGUGUGGUAUUCCUGGUGUUACUGGUCGUGGCUACAGUUAUCAUCACCUGGAAGAUUUCGGCACGUAAGCACUCGUUCCAGCGUGUGAGUAUACGGAUGGAUGACGAUCGUGUUAACCUGUUUGCCGGAGAAGAUGAAGAUACCGAUGAGCCGCUGUACACGGAUGAUGACGAUGACGUCAGUCCCCUCAUAUCAAAGGACCCGUAAACUCUAUUAGCAGCUGCAACUGAUUGUGUACAAACAUUUUCACCUCUCAAAGCUACAUGUAUAUAAUGAUGAUUCAGGCUGAAG